GGAAAGUUCGUUUGAGUGCAGCGAGUGCGGGAGAGGUGCAGUUGCUGACGCGAACACGUUGUCUCCUCAUUACUCACUCCAGUAUUCACUGUCACGUAACGAACGGAAGUCCGCGGAGUGUAUGGUGCGGUGGCUCGUCGAGCGUCGUUACGUGCGACACAGUUUUUACUCAUUUCAUCGGGCAGUAUAUUAUUUCUUAUCACCUCUCGCGUCGAUAUGGCCUGGCUGUCCGGUCUUGCUGAUAAGGCAGAGAACCUGUUAAAUAAAAUCGACAAAAACACCGCGGCCGUGUUAAAUAAAGAUAAGUACGAGAUGCCGCAGGGUCAUCUGUCAGAAGUUACAUGGCUCCCUCCAGAAUCUGGGCUAAAUGGAAGUACGUCCAAGACAACUCUGUUGGGAUCGUCGGAUCAUAUUCCCUAUGCAGCUCCUACCUCAAGUCUGACAUCGGUGAAUCUGUUAAAUGUAGCGGCACCCAAGGAUGAUGCGCUGUUUACAUAUUUGAAUACACCUGAUCCGAGUCCAAAGAGAAAUCUUUCAGCGGAUUCAUUCAAAUCACCGUCAACCACUUCAUCGUUGUUGGUGGAGCAUCCAACCGAUGAUACAGACUCAGACCUAUCAAUUCAAAGUGAUCGGAUUAGUCCAACUCCGUCUCAUGUUUCAAUUGAAAUGAUUCCUAAUGCUCUGGAUGAUAAAGACGCUGAGAUAAAUGGGGAAAAUGCAAAUUUAUAUCUAUAUAACGAGGUACAGACCUUAGAUUGUGAAAAUCUGGAUAAUCCGACAACAGAAGCUACACAGAAUGAACACAGCAAUGCAGAGGAACAUUCGAAUGUGACAUUCUAUCCCCAGCCCAGAUACAAAAUAAAGUCAAACAAUUUGAAAACAGAGAAUUUAGAUAAUCCAAUUGAUUCAGCGAAUAAGCCAAAAUAUAUAAGAGAUAUGGAAAGACACUUCGAGAAACAAAAUGAAUUCCUUGGGAAACAGACGGAUUACCAGAAAGAGAUUGUAGUCCUAAACGAAAAGUUGAAAGCUAUGGAGGUGGAAAAGUUGGAGCAGUCGAAGCAAAUAGUAGAUUUGCAAUCGGUCAUCGACAGGAACAGGCAGGAGAUAAACUCGAUUAGAUCUGAGCUGGAACAGCAUAAGGCUAGGGCGCUGAAAACUUUACAAGAAAAGGAGAAUCUUAUAGCAGAACUGAAAAGCAACGCACCGACAGCUAUGGAUGAAGCCACCAUCAUGGAGUUGAAUCAAUUAAAGCAGGAACGUGACAGUGUUAGGGAGGAAAAUCAGCAAAUGUGUCAGCAGCUGAAAAUGCUGCGGGAAGAGCUGGCAAAUGCAGAUCUGAAUUUGGAAAAGAUAAGACAAAAGUCAGCCGAAACAAAUCUACAAAAUCAAGAGAUUCUGGCAAGUGAAAGACGUCGGAGAUUAGAAACUGAAGAAGACAUGAGAUUGCAUUCCGAGGAAAUAAGAUCCCUGAAGGAUGAAUUAAUUAGUCAACAUAAUGGAUUUAGUUUGCAGUUACAAAAGCAGAAUUCAGAGAUUUCUAGGCUUAAGUUGCAAUUGUCUGUAUCGGCAACGCCGAGUAACGAAAUGGACUCCAGAAUAGCGACUCUUACUCAAACUUUGGUUCUAAAACAGCAAGCAUUGGAAUGUUUGACGACAGAAAGGAAUGCAUUACGUCUCCAGCUUGAAAAAAUCGAACACGAAUACAGAAAUGCUGCAGGGAAUUUGCGAAGAAACAUAUCGUACAACAACAUAAACGACACGGACGACGCAAAGGCUCAAGUUCCUACGUUUUUAAUGGAAACGCCGUUCGAUACCAGUGUUACUAGAAGAGUAAAAAGAGCUUAUUCUUCAUUGGACGCUAUAAGCAUUCGAACGGGAGUAUUUUUAAGGAGAUAUCCGUUAGCUAGGAUUUUGGUAUUGAUUUAUAUGGCACUGCUCCAAUUGUGGGUCUUGGUAGUUCUUUUAUCUCAAUCACCGGAAGUCCAUUAAUAAAAAAAUUAUAAUAAUACGAAACAUUUUAAAGCAAAAAAAAAGAAAUAUAUUUGUUAAAAGGAUAAAAUUUUUUGUAAAUAUCAGAAAGCAAUAUUUGCAUGGGAUGGAUUAAAUCUUGUACAGUUUAACAUAGCAUAUCCUUAUCUAUAAAAUUAUUGUUAAAUAAAAUCUCAAAUAAAAUAUAGUGAUAAAUCAGU